CACACUGGUAUCCCUUUAGGCGUAAUGGCUACAAACUGUAUCGUCUAUCCCCUUUCUCUAAAGUCAUAAUUUACUGGUAUUACUAUACUUGUGGGGUCAUUUGGCCCUCAUAAUGUAGUGAAUACCAGUACAGACACACACACACACACACACACACACACAUGUUAACGUUUGUUCUUCUGAACAGCUUUAUAAGAGGUUCCAGGUCUCUGCUCCUUCUAAAUCGAUGGGAUCUGGGAAAGACUGGAACGUGGAUCUGAUUCCCAAGUUCCUGCUUGCAAACGGUCAGCUGGUGAAGAUGCUGCUGUACACUGAGGUCACUCGAUAUCUGGACUUCAAGGUGAUUGAAGGCAGUUUUGUGUAUAAAGGAGGGAAAAUUCACAAAGUCCCCUGCACUGAGACUGAGACGCACAAUUCAGAUCUGAUGGGGAUGUUCGAUAAGCGACGGUUCCGUAAGUUCAUGUCCUUCAUCAUGAACUUCGAGGAGAACGAUCCGCGGACGUAUCACGACAUGGACCCGCACAGAACCACGAUGAGGGACGUGUUUCGCCACUUCGACCUGGGCGAUGAUGUCAUGGAGUUCACAGGUCACGCUCUGGCCCUUCACAUCAGCGACGAUUAUCUGGAGCAGCCGUGUCUGAUGACCAUACAGCGGAUCAAGCUGUACUCCGAGUCUCUGGCGCGCUACAGUCUCAGCCCGUAUCUCUACCCGCUGUUCGGUCUGGGCGAGCUGCCGCAGGGCUUCAUCAGGCUCAGCGCCGUCUACAGGAACCGCUACCUGCUGAACCGCCGCGUGGACGAAAUCCUGAUGGAGGACGGGCGAGUGGCGGCGGUGCGAUCCGUGGGCGAGGUCUUCCGCUGUAAGCAGCUGAUCUGUGACCCGAGCUACGCGCCGGAGCGCGUGAAGAAGGCCGGCCGUGUCAUACGGGUCAUCUGCUUACUCAACCACCCCAUCAAAAACACCCACGACGCCAACUCCUGCCAGAUCAUCAUCCCGCAGACGCACCUCAACAGAAAGUCAGAUAUCUACAUCUGUUUGCUGUCCUUCGCUCAUAAUGUGGCGGCGGAAGGCAAGUACAUGGCUGUGGUCAGCACGAUGGUGGAAACCUGCAACCCAGAGAAGGAGGUUCAGCCUGGUCUGGCCCUGCUGGAGCCCAUCCUGGAGAAGUUUGUGUCUGUCAGUAACCUGUUGAUCCCGAUGGACGACGGCCGCAGGAGUCAGAUCUUCAUCUCCCGCUCGUAUGACCACACCACGCACCUGGAGACCGAGACGGAUGACAUCUUGGAUCUGUACCGCCGCGUCACAGGCUCAGAGUUCAUCCUCAGGGAUCCCUCUGACGAGUGAACGAGCACCAAACGAGAUCGUUCACACAUUCCAGCAUAAACCACGGUCGAGUGUUGUUUCUUCAUCCAUAGAUUUCCUGAGUCAUAGAGGUUUUGAACGAGUAAAUGAUGAUUUCUGGCCGAAUGAUCUCUUUAAGGCUCAGUAUUUCCCCCUGCAGUGGAUUUUCUGGGACAGAAGCAUAAACACACAUUCACGUCCGAGACCUCAGCUGGAUCAGUUCCCUCAGAUCACUGCAGAACCUGAGCAACAUUAACUGCAGAAACACACGGUCGACGUUCCUGAUGUUAGUUUGUGCAGUGAAUGUGCACUGAUCAGCUACUCCUAAAUAUAAUGUAGAAACUUUACUUUUCUGUGAAGCUGCUUAUUGUUUUUGCUUAUUGUUGUAUUUGUAUUGUUAAAAGCACUACACAAAUAAACAUGAAUUGGACUGAAUUGGUCUUUGCAGUGUUUCCUUCAUUGCACCCUUAAUAUCUUCUCUAGCAGAUGUUGACGUUUUUUCCCCCGUU